AUGCUGGUGACCAGCAAUGCUGGAUUUUUCAGCAGGGUUACCCAAUAUUUCUACAUCAAAUAUUCAAGUGUGUCUGGUGUUGAUACAGAUGAAACAGAGACAAUAUCAGUGAUGGAGGGAGAUUCUGUUACUCUGCAUAGUGAUGUUACUGAAAUAAAGAGAGAUGAUCAGAUACUGCGGACAUUUAUGCUUAGAAAUUCAGAUAAUCGUCUAGCUGUAAUCUAUAAUCAGGUCCUCUCUAUAUAUGACAGUAAAGAUUAUAACAAAAUAUUCAGAGGCAAACUACAGAUAAAUGAGCAGACAGGAUCUCUGACCAUCACAAACAUCAACAAAUUACACUCUGGACUUUAUAAACUACAGGUCAUUAAUGGAGGGGUCAAAUACAAGAGCUUCAAUCUUGCUGUCUAUGGUCUUCUGACUGUUCCUGUCAUCAGUGAUUCUACUCAAAAUCUUUCAGAAUCAGAAAGAUCAUCAAAGCAGAAUUGUUCAUUGGUGUGUUCAGUGUUGAAUGUGAGUGAUGUGAGUCUCUCCUGGUACAAAGGAAACAGUUUAUUGUCUAGCAUCAGUGUGUCUGAUCUCAGCAUCAGUCUCUCUUUACCUCUGGAGAUUGAGUGUCUGGAUGAUUCAUACAGCUGUGCAGUUGCUUAUUCAUUUACCAACCAGACUAAACGCCUCAACAUCACUGAUGACUGUCAGACAGACUCUGCACAGCUUCCUACCUUACACAAGUCAACACCUCGGCAAAGGCAAAGCUGUUCGGGAAAUGUCUUUGAGGGAGUUUCGCUGCAUUCAUGGACUGGGUGCUGGAGUAAAAUGGACUAUUUCUCUAUCUGCCCCACUGAGGAACACAUCUCCAGCCCCAUUCCCGAACCAGAGACCAGCCAGCUGUCAUCCAGCCGCUGCAUGGAGGUAUCAUCUGAGCCCACCACAGACGGAGAGCUUGAGCCUGCGGUGACAUGA